AAAAUACAUUUGGAAGCACAACAUGCUACAUUAACAUCGAAGUAUUGUUAUGAUGAAGCUGCCAGUGAAUGAAAUCUCCGAAAUACGAACCACGUAAUGUCGGUCAGUCUAAGCACAAUUCCCAACCAUGAACCAAAGCACUAUAAUCAUCCUCGUAUGCUUUGCAACUUCAUCACUCGCAGUCAGAGCGAAAAAGAAGACAACUCCUCCUCCUGAUUCCAAAGAUCUCAACAAGGAAGAAAACAAAACCAUCCUUCAAGAAUGGCAGACACUUGAAAAAGCUGUUAAGGAUGAUGUUAAACGUGCUACUCGGACGCUAAUGCAACAGAUGAUGUUAAAUUUAGCAGCCGUCAACGUGAGCGAGCAGUGUAUGUUUCAGGGCAUGCAACUGUUGAAUGCUGAGGAAGGCAUCGAGACCUGGGCGAUGAAGUUUAUUGAUUCAAGCGCAAAAAUCGUAAAUGGGAUGCUGUUAGGAUCGAUGUCUUCGUUUGGCGACUAUGACGAGUGCCUAAACAUCGGAGCAAAAUCUAAAACACCCGAAGAUAAAGCUCCUUUCAGAGGACAGUACUGCAUGGUCAAUUUAUCACCACCCUUACCACCAAAACCGGAUGUCAUUACUCUGUAUAAGGUUUUGGAUGAGCUUAAGGACUUUACAAAAGGUGGAACGGCUGUCAGUGAAAUUGCGAAGGUUGCACAUUCGUUUUAUUUCUUUAAUCUGCAAUUGGGAGUCUGUGUUCCAUCCGGAUGCUCAGUUGACGACAUUGAUAGCUUGGCUAAAAUGGCGGUUAAGAAAUAUUCACUUAAAGCUACAGUAUCAAGAUGUGAAAUGAAGGAAGAAAAUUCUUUUUCUAUUUCGACUAUUUUGGUGAUAUCCUUCUUUAGUUUGCUAGGACUGUUAAUGGUUAUUGGAUCAUUAAUUGACACUUACGCAUUUUACACCAAAACGACCUGCUCGAAUGCUGCUGUAAGAAUUCUAUUAACCUUUUCUUUGAUGACGAACUUCAGAAAGUUUAUUAACACGAAAAGUGAUGCUCAGCACCUAAGCUGUCUCCACGGGAUUCGUUUUUUCUGCUGUGCAUGGAUCGUGCUGGCUAAUACAUACUUCAUCACGAUAACAACUCAAGCUUUUCUGAACCUGGAAAAACUUCGAGAAUGCUGCAAAGAUUUUGCUUUUCAAGCAAUUCUCAAUGCCUCUUAUGCUCCGGACACAUUUUUCUGUAUAGGGGGCUUAUUGGUGAGCUACGUUAUCGUCAAAAGAGCGAAAGAUGGCGGUCAGCCUUUUAACAUCGUACUUCAUAUAUUUCACAGGUUAAUUAGAUUAGUGCCAGUUUAUGCUUCCGUUAUAGUGGUUGUAAUAUUUUUGGUUUAUUGCCUGGGAUCCGGACCCAUCUGGCACAGUAGCGUAGACCGAUACAUUGACGACUGCAAUCAUAAUUGGUGGAUGAAUUUAGCAUUUAUUAACAAUUUCUAUGAAGCGGAGAGAAUGUGUCUUCCUCAAACUUGGUACCUUGCAGUAGAUUUUCAACUAUACACAGCAGCUCUCCUUGUACUGCUUCCUUUUUUAAGGUGGCCAAAGUUGGGAAUCUUUCUGUGCGUUCUUGGAAUUUCGGCCUCGAUAGUUUAUUCCGGUCUGUUGACUUUUAUGAAAAAUCUCCCUCCAACCUUGUUAGCUGCUUUUCCAGAAGAAGAGCAAAGAAACAAAUACUGGGCUGAGAUUUUUUUUAGCCCAAUCGUUCAUGGAGGACCCUACUGUGUCGGAUUGCUCACUGGUUAUUUCAUUGCAGCAAAACCAAGUCUGAAAAUACCCACUGCCAUCCAGCUGUUGGGAUGGUGCAUCGCUUUCUUCCUCAACUUCUCCGUCUUAUAUGGCAUCACAAACUGGAACAAAGGGGUGGAACCACUGUUGUGGAGUAGAGUACUUUACGCGGGCUUCAGCAGAGUCGCUUGGGCGCUUGGUGUGGCUUGGAUAAUUCUGUGCUGCGUGACGGGGCAUGGAGGUAUAAUCAACUACAUACUUACAUGGAAAGCAUUUGUUCCUUUAAGUCGACUGACAUUCAUUGUCUUUCUCAUCCAUCCAAUAGUGCAGAUCAUUAUUGUCGGAAAUUUACGUACACAAAUACAGUUGGACCAUUUCGUGCAAGUCUGGCUUUUUUUCGGACAUCUUUGUGUCUCCUUCGGGGUGGCUUUCGCAGUAAAUAUGGUAAUCGAAGCUCCAGCUCUGGCAUUGGAAAAAAUUGUAUUGUCCAGAUUUUAUAAAAGAACAAAAGAUGUGUCUCCAGUUCCUGAUAAAAGUGUUUCAAAUGAAAAAAUAGCACCUGAAAUGGAGGAAGACAUCGCAAACAGGCCUUCUACGGUUGUGUACGACGAAUCGUUAAAAGCGUAUAAAAACAAUUUUAUAUGCACUUUGUAAACUUUUUUGCAAACUCAAAUGAUAAAAAGAUA